AUGUUUGCACAGCUGUUCGCGCUGGUUGAGGAUCCAGAGCUCCUGUUGAAGCUCAAGGGCUUGAUGAAGGCAGCGCUUGCCAGAUCCAAUGACUUGCUAGUGAACGAUGCCCUGAGGCUCCUGAGCCGGCUUAUGCGCAAGCGAGGCUUGAUUAUGGAGCCCAAAGCCUUCAAACGAAUCUCACUAGAGAUGCUUCAAAGCGCUUUGCUGAUGCAGUGUCCUGACCUCGAUCAGCUAGAGGCCGAAGCUGUCAGUGCAGGGGCAUUUUGGGCGCACAGCCUCUCGAAUGAGCGGCAGAAGCACGAACUCUUUCAAAGAAACGAGCAACUCAUGGCUCAGCUGGUGAACCACGACCUACCACUGUGGUUGGGGUGCCCUUGGGCCCGCGAUGCCGAUGCCUUCCGUCUUCGUGUGGCCCUAGACUGCUGGGAUCGGAGUGGCUCUCGCGAAGACGCAGAAGGCACCGGGCUGUACGGAGCAAUCUGUAUUGAGCUCGGUGAACCAGAACGGGCGAGAUCGUAUUUUGAACAGUUGGAAGCACGCGGAAUCGAUUUGCGGCUUGCAUACCAGCCUGCUUUUCUCGAAGAACUUGCGGCUGUUAAUCUUUGGAGUGGCAGCAUGCAGCCGGCAGGCUCUGCAGGUGAUUGUCCAGAUCUGGCUGGCCUGGUCCAGAAGGCUGCCAAGCUGGCCUGCAUGGGUGUCUCCACUGGCAUUUCUCGUAGGCUGCACGGGGCAGUGUUGUUCAGUGGCUGCCGCGACGGCUACGAAGUAUUGGCAGAAGGGUUCAACCACCUUGCCGAACCCCUGCAAGCGCGGAUCCUUAGCACAAAACCUUCAUGUUGCGGGUUUUAG